AUGUCAGGCGAAUCUCAAGCCGAAGCUGCAAUCCGGCUGUACUCACCACGCAGCGCCCAGUACGACUCGAGCUGGCACCCCGAUUUCACAAAGCGCUUCAUUGGUCACUUAGAUAUCCAGCCAGGACAGCACGUACUCGAUCUAGCAUGUGGAACGGGGCUCCUGACUUAUCUCGAAGCCGAUGCGGUGGGCCCUGCAGGACGGGUAGUAGGCGUCGACAUUACUCCGGGCAUGCUAGCGGAAGCUCGAUCAAAGCAAGACGAGGAGCGUGAGAGAUACGCGCACGUCGAGUUCUACGAAAGAGAUAUCCUGAAUCUAGAUGCACUAGAUGCCGUCAAGGAGGCCUCGUUCGAUGUUGUUACCGUGGCAUCUGCGUUGGUGUUGUUUACCGAUCCAAAGGUUGCGAUUGAGCAUUGGGCAAGGUUUCUCAAGCCUGGAGGAGUCAUUGCCAUGGAUUCUACGCAUCCGAGGAAUUCGCUUCCUGGAGCUUUGAUGGAAAGAGUUGGGAGGAAGAUGGGGUCGUUAGUUCCGUAUCAUCGGGAGUGGAGUAAGUCGACAGAGUCGUUGGGGCAAGCCCUUGAGGAUGCUGGGCUGGAGGUACAGAAAGUGGUGACGAUUGAUGACCAGGCGGGAUAUAGAAGGAGAUAUUACAAUGCGCGUGACGUCGACAAAGUUUUUGACGACAAUAUUGUAAAGGGAGUUGCAGCGUCAUUAUUUGCGGACGAUGCGCGCAGUGAGAGAGCUAGAGCUAUCUUCAAGGAGGAAUGGGACCAACUCGUCGUUGAUGGAAAGGUGGAAGAGGUAGAUGCGGUCUUCUUAGGCAUCGCACGGAAGCCAAUCAUAAUGGCUGACGACGAUGUUGUAUUCUCUGGCGGAUGUCGAUGCGGAAAGCUCAGAUAUCAAAGUGGAGCGGCACCGUCCGACAUAAUCGUAUGCCAUUGUCGCGCUUGCCGUCAGCUCUCAGGAUCGGCAUAUCUACCUUUUACCGACGUCUCGACAGAUGCAUUCAAGUGGCUCGCCACAUCUACGAAAGAGGUGUUGAAGCUUAGCGAAGUGGCCGAGCGAACCUUUUGUAGGGAGUGCGGGACCCCAGUCACAAUGGUCUACUACAAGACCUCCAAAUCAACCAGUAUUACUAUGGGUUCAAUUUACGAGGAGACCUAUAAAGGUGAAUGGCCAAAGAUUAAGAUGCAUAUUUAUGUCAAGGAGAAAGCGCCGUGGGUCGAAUUGCCAGAUGACGGACCAGAGCAGAGGCAAGAAUUUAAAUAUUGA